AUGUCUAUAUUAUAUUCCAUAUUCCCUAUUUUAUUUUUUUUUUCAUUUAAUAAAAAAAUUUAUGGCUUAUCAAAAAUAAUAAAACCACAUAUUAAUGUCUACUACAAAGAUUAUUCUGAAAAUUUACCAAGUGAUGAAAAAGACAAAUUAAUGAAAAUAUUAUUAGAAAAUGAUGAAAAUGAAGAAAAUGAAAACAUAUCAGAGAAUAUGAAUAUAGAAAAAAUGGAAGAAAAAGAAAAAAAUUUAGAAAUAUUAAUGAAAGAACAAGAAAAUUUGUCAAAUAAAAUAUACAAUGAAUUAAAAGGAUAUAUUAAAAGAGACAGGAAUAUAUCUAUUAAAUAUGUUCAUGAUGAAGAAGAUUUUAUCUCAGAAGAUAAAAAUAAUUUAAAAAAAGAUGAAAAUAUUUUAAAUGUUGAUACAGAAAUUAAUGGAUCUUUAGAUUCAUUACAAGCACCAAUAGUGAUGAUUAAAAUUCCAUCAGUCAAUAUUUAUAAUCAAUUUGAAAUACAACGUGAUAUUGGAAAAUUAAUAGAUUUAAAUAAUGAAGAAUUGUUCUACUAA